UAUGACCCUUCACCAAGAGGAUAAAAACAAAUUGAGAAUAACAUAAAUAAAUUUUUGAACCACAACCUCCCCAUACCUAAGAGGCAGUAAAGUGCUCCACCAAACAAGAAAUCACCAUUUCCUUUCCCCUUACAAUUGAAUUAAGAAACUUAAAUUUUCAUAACUGCUUCCACAUGAUUACAAUGACAAUGGCACCACAAAACCCCCCACCAACUACUGUGCUCUUCCUUGUAGUAUAUAAAGACUACAAAGCUACAAAGAAGUCAUGUGACAGCACCAGGCAUAAGGCCAAACCAAAGAUGCCAGAGACUCGGAACAACUCCACCCAAACAAGGCCCAAAGUACCCAUCUCUUCUCUUCAUCCACAAGCCUCCCCCUUCCCUCCAACCACCCAAAAACUGGUGAUGCAAAAUUCCAGCUCUGUCCCCUCAACAAUCCCUGAGAAAAUGGAUGCAAAAACUCCGGUAGAAAUAGGCACCAGAGGAACAGUUGGAUUCCUGAUAAUGAAAGAAAUUGAGUACUUUACCCACCUUGAAUCUGAUAAGCCUCAGCAUCUAUGUACAGAGAUGGCCUCCACAAGCAGUCAACCCAAUCCCAAGUUUGGAUCUUUUGCCACAACCCCAAGAAAGAAGAAGAAAGGAGGAAGAAGAAAACUCAUCCCUAACAUGUGUUCUACGGUGGAAGUUGCGAAAAGCAAUCGGCCAAACAUGAAUUCUGGACUCGGUUACAGGAAUCUGAGAGCUGAUGAUGUGAAGAAGUUGCAGGCUUAAGCAACAGUCUCAGUGAGCUUCGAGAAACUGAGCUUCUUGAGUCGAUUUGCUGUACGGCUGCCGCAUUUUAUGUCCACAAUCUCAACUAUGUAAGAUCCUCUUUUAUUAGGUUUGUCCCUCCUAGGAGUUCUAUCUAAGGACAUACUAUCAGAAACAAGCAUUGGUACUUCAUGGGUUUUUCGAUAGUGUUUCAUUUUCCGGAGAGUUUCCGGGCUUUUCUUGUUGAUGGUGCUGCUGCGGCUGCUGCUCGCUUCGUCCAGGGAUGUUCUUGGAAUCGGUCUUUUAGCAGCAGCAGUAGUAGCAGCAGCAGCAAUAGGAACCAAAGUAGCAAUUGUAGGUUGAGUUGCUGACUUUGUGGAUUCUAGUUCCCUUGAAAUUAAGGCACCGAUUGUCCCAGUGGUCCCAACUUUGAUGGAUCCUCCACCGCCCCUGAUUGCUUCUAGUUUCGGUACCAUGUUUUCCUGGAAUUGCAAAGGCAUGAUACAAGUCUUUUUCCGGGUGGAAGAAAUUUAGAAUCUCCAAAGCUGGUUUGACAAGGUUACCUCAAAGCAGUUCAAGGCCCUGUCAUCAGAAAGUAAAUAGAUAUGAAUUGUGCGGUUGCAUUACCAUCACAAACUUGUAAUAUUGCGGUAGAGUUUAAGAAAUCUUCUCAGACUUCAAUGUAGUAGGUUUUUGUUCAAAA